ACGUGCCCUCAAAAUAUAAACAAUAAUCCUGCAGCAUGACAACCCGAAUACUCACCGUAGCAUAAGUUGAUUUAAGAUGUUCACUUGGUUUACCAUUGUUACGAGUCAACCCUUGUUGCAUUAUCUUCUAGAAAAUAUAAAUGUCUAUAAACUAGUUAGCUACUACUAAAGGAUUCAUAAUCAUGGACAAGUAUGAGCCAAUUCAAGCGGUGGGAAGAGGAGCUUACGGGAAUGUAUAUCUUUAUCGUCGCCUGUCUGAUAAUAAGCAGGUUGUUAUCAAACAGAUUCCCAUGGAAUCUAUAACAACAGAGGAAUGUGAGCUAACAAAAAAUGAAGUAAAGGUCUUGUCAAUGCUUCAUCAUCCCAACAUAAUUGAAUACUAUGAGAAUUUUCUUGAAAAUAAUACAAUGAUGAUUGUCAUGGAGUAUGCUCCAGGAGGGAAUUUAUAUGAUUACCUUCGCUGUCGAGGUGAGGGAAAUCUUCUUCAAGAAGAGGAUGUAUUACACCUGUUUUGCCAGUUGGUGGUAGGCAUAAAGCAUAUUCAUGAAAUGAGCAUUCUUCACAGAGACAUCAAGUCACACAACAUACUUUUAGAUAGAUCUCAUCGCAUCGUAAAGAUAGGGGAUUUUGGCAUUUCAAAAAUUCUUAGCAGUAAAAGCAAAGCACACUCAGUAGUUGGAACUCCAUGCUAUCUUUCACCUGAAUUAUGUCAGGAAAAACCAUAUAAUAAGAAGAGUGAUAUAUGGGCCCUUGGCUGUGUUCUAUAUGAGAUGCUUACCUUAAGAAGAGCCUUUGAAGCAGGGACACUGCCAGCUUUGAUCAUGAAAAUCAUGCGAGGAAUUUUUGUCCCUAUCCAUCCCCAGUAUAGUGCAGAAAUGCGUUCCCUUGUUCACUUACUAUUGCAUGUGGACCCAGCACAACGUCCAAAUAUACAUGAGGUUAUUAGUCAUCCACUGGUUUUUCCCACAAUCUUUAAACUUCAUGCUGAUCUGGGAAUGGUGCGAUGUGUUUCCAGACCAUUACGCUUAUCAUCAGUUGGAACCAGGACCAGGUCAUCCAGAGGAAGUGAAGACUCAACAGACAGAGAAAAGCUAGAUGCUGAAAGGAGUGAUUAUAUAGAAGAGUUAAGUGAGAUGGAAACUGCUGCAGAAAUUGCAGCUGCAACCCCCUCCUCUGAUGUAUUUUUCUUGGAUCCAUGUGGUAAUAUAUGCAGACUACCCCUUGGUCAUUGUGAGGGAAAUGUCUGUCAAGUGGCAGCCAGCAAAACUCACAAAGCUGCCAUAACCAAUUUGGGUCAAGUUAUCCUUUGGCAGCCACAGGCUGAUUCCACUAAUGUAGAUGAGAGUGAUGAAGUUUUGUUUACCCCAACAAUACUGAAAUCACCUCCUUCUGUCGUUAUUGUUCAAGUAGCUUGUGGGGAUGGCUUCAUGGCAUGCAUUACUGAUAGAGGUAUUCUCAUGACUAGUGGUAGUGGAGCUUCUGGCAGUCUAGGCCAUGGGAGUACAAAUGAUGUUACACAACUGAAAAUUGUGGAAUCAUUACUUGGUGUUUCAAUCAAACAGAUAGCUUGUGGGGCUUCUCAUGUUGUUGCACUUUCAGCUGAUCAGCAAGUAUACACCUGGGGAUGUGGGGAUAAUGGUCGUUUAGGAAUUGGGUCAAGAAUGAUGCAGUUAUGGCCUAGACUUGCUAAUGUUGAUGAUAUGAUGUACGAAGUAGUAGAUGUUGCUGCAGGUGAAGAUUGUUCUUUUUUAACAACAUCCUCAGGUGUUCUUUUAGCAUCAGGGUCCAACAGAAUGAACAAAUUAUGUGUGGAUGAAACAGAUAUAGCUGGAUGUGAAACUCUUAAGCAAAUUGAAGAUAUAGCAACAUUUGUUCCUGUAUGUUCCCGACCUCUUUCAAAUAAUAGUAUAUCUAAAGUAGCUGCUGGUUUGGAUCACACUGUUUUCCUUACGGAUGCAGGUGAAGUGUUUACUGCUGGUAAAAAUACAUCAGGUCAGUUAGGUCAUGAAGGUUCACAAAAUCCAAGGGUACCUGUCAGAGUUAUGGAGCCAGUUUCCCGCAGUCAUGUGGUCGAAGUUGCCUGUGGCAAAGAAUUUUCAGUUGCAGUUACCAAAGAUGGUCGUGUCUACUCUUGGGGGGGAAAAGGUGAUGAUCCAGAGAGCUACCAAACUAGGUGCAGUUUGAUGGAAAAAAUACGACCCUCCCUUCUUGAUAUACCACUAAGUGGAGACAGACGUGUAGCCAUAGCCUCUUCAGAAAGUUGUACUAUCAUAGUGUGUAACAAAUUUUGAGACAUGCUGGGUACAUUACUGAAAGACUAUAAGUUUUGCUGGCAGAAUCUGCAACUUGUUUUAUGAAAGUGCCUUUAAGUUUAAUAGGAUGACUUUUUCAGAAUUAUAUAUUUUUAUGCAUUUAUAAAGUACAGCACUGUGAUAUUUUUAUUCAAGCAGUCAUACACUUGACUUUUAAAGCAUUUUUUUUUAUUACUUGAAACAUAUCCAGAAAUUAUCUUGUCAAAAUUUUACCAAAGAAAACAAAGUUUAAUUAUCAAGGGAUGUAGUCUUAUUCAUUAAAUAUGAGGUUUUAUGUGA